AUGUCCCCCUGUCCCCAGCCUGCCUGCCGCCUGCUCGGCAGGCCCCUGGGCCUCAUCAGCCUGUCCCUGUGGCUCAGCCCGGCUGCAGCUGAACCCUGCGAGUGUGGUCUGGGCCUCAGCCGCGAGGCGCUCAUCACCCUGCUGGUGGUGCUGGCGGGAGUGAGUGCCACCUGCUUCUGUGCCCUGGUGGUGGUGGCGAUUGGCGUCAUCAGAGCCAAGGGCGAGAUGCGUCCCAAAAACACAGGCAACAGGCUGGUGGGGCACUUUGGGGCCCAGGAAGAGCACAUGGACCUGCAGACAGUGCACGUGGAGUCCCACCACAUGGACCAGGAGCAGGAGCUGGACGUGUCCGUGGUAACGCCCCUGAAGGUGGUCCCCGAGGAGCUGCCCAUCCAGUCCCUGGAGGGGAACCUGGACGAGCCUCUGGAUUCCGGGGCCCCACCCCAGCGGCUAGAGGAACUACCCCCAUCCGCACCCCCAAUUCAGUAG